AUGUCUGUGGAAGCUGGUGAGAGGGUCGUUGAUAAGGAAUAUUUGGCUCUUCUAGAGAAUAAAUUGAAAGCUCUGAAGGAUCCGAAGAUAUCGACUCCUAAGCAGUUUCUAAGCGACAUUGCCUCAUAUAAGGACCACCAGCUUUUUAGAUUAAUAACUGCUGACUACCCCAUUUCAUCUGGCUUGGACGACGAUAUUGUUGAUGCUGUUAUCACGCCGAACUAUUUGAGAAAAGUAAUAGCUCCCCAUACUUGUGCUAUCAACAAACAGGAGCUUGUUCAUCUUGUGAAAAGUGAUCAAAUCCAGAAACAGCACGAAAUCGCUGCUGUGGAGAACACCACUGAGGACGCAUUGGCAGAAGAAAGUAAUUCCAUCGAAAAACUCAAGUCAAAAGAAAAACUCGAAUAA